GAGGGGGAUGAUGGAAUCGCGCUGCGUACAGCUCAUGAUGCUGAUGAUGAUGAUGAUGUAAUAAACGCAGAUGAUUCUAUAUGAACACGAGCGCGGACCAUGCUCGCUACGCGGUUAGAGUGAUGUCUUCAUCCAUAUCAUAAAGUGUGUUUAGGAAAUUUAACACUACGUGUCACCGGAGGUCUUCUGCGCUGCUCAAUUCUUCCAGCGCGGCCUGCAUAAGGACAAACCCCAGGACUGCGGCGCUGAUGGCUGUUGAGAUCGGGACUGCAGCAAGCUCACUUCAUCACAGCUGCAACCCCUGCACUCUGCCGAACAGCUAACCCCGUGCAACUGAAACGUGAGAAUGCACGCUUCAUAUCAGUCAUCUUAACGGGAAGUCUGACUCCUAAGUCGCUGGUUACGGUGCUCAUUUGAAUGACAGCAAGUCGCGGUGCAUCUUCUGAUUAGGACUAAUCAACGAGUCUCAAGUUGUUCUUUAUACAAAGUUACAGACAAACGGAGAAGUCCGAAGAGAUAUUAAUUGGUCAUCACAGUCUAAUUCGCUGACUGUCAUCAGUGCACUAACCUUUCGCGCUUACCGUAGACUCCGCGCGCAGCGCACCCGGAGGCCCCAAGUGCCUGUUUUCUCCCGCUUGAUUCGCCAUAUAUGGAAACUGAUGCCCUGUUUGCCUUUUUUCACCCGUGUCUACCUCUGCAACCCUUAUUUCUCCUUAAAUAACCACCCGAUUUGGCCCGCGAGCCAAACUCAACAUCUCACAGAAUGACUUUAUUGAUUAAUAAAUGACAAGAAAAUAUUUUUUUUAACUGUGAUUUGGUCUUUCGUCUGUCGAUCUAGCGCCUAGCUCGAGUUUACAGUGUUUAUCGAUUUUUUUUAACCUUCUUUGGACCCGAAACUCCCGAGCGCAUCUGGUGCUUUGGCAGCUGUCGAGCAAUAAUAAACGCCCGUUAUUUUAAGGGAUUUUGCGCGGGCUUCUUUCUCAGGAUAUCAGGAUGGCAAAUGAACCCGUUAUCCUUAAUGUGUAUGACAUGUACUGGAUAAAUGAAUACACCUCCACUCUGGGUAUUGGAGUCUUCCACUCAGGAAUAGAGAUCUACGGCAGAGAGUUUGCAUAUGGGGGCCAUCCAUACCCUUUCAGUGGCAUUUUCGAGAUCAAUCCUGGAAAUGCCUCAGAACUGGGGGAGACUUUCAAAUUCAAAGAAGCUAUAGCUCUGGGUACAACUGACUUUGCAGAGGAGGACAUUGAUAAAAUAAUGGAGGAGCUGGGCAAGGAGUUCAGGGGGAAUGCCUACCACCUGAUGCACAAAAACUGUAACCACUUUUCAUCCUCUCUUUCUGAGUUGCUGUGCGGUAGAGAGAUUCCACGCUGGGUUAAUCGGUUGGCAUAUUUCAGUUCCUGUAUUCCAUUCCUCCAGAGUUGUCUGCCUAAAGAAUGGCUCACACCCGCUGCACUCCAAAGUCACAUCAGCAUGGGCCUUCGAAAUGAGAACGCACACUCUCACACACACGAGUCCAGCGACGAUGAGCCCUCGUCUGCCACAGGUGCAGCUGCGGGACAGCCUGGAACAUCACAUAGCUGCAGACACACCCGUGUGUGAUCUUACAUACAUAUUUACACAAAUACACACACAUAUACAUUGUAAUACACUUCAACCUCUAAUCCUGCUGCUACAGCACCUCCUGCUGGACUGGAUGAACACUAGACCACUUCACCUCUCUGAAAGGGGUCAAAUCAAAGUCAUGAUUUUCAGUAGAGCCACCAGGGAUUUAAAAAAAACCUUGUACUCUUAAGGUUUUAGAAUUAUUUGAUUUUUUUACUCAGAUUUUAGGAAAAUAAAACCGUGUUUGCCAUUUAGUAUUCUCUCUCGAAUAAGCUUUCCUCUCAACAUGGGACAAUAUGAAAGAUGGGUGAUCAUGAUGGACUGCACCCUGAUGGUGUGUGACAGCACUACAGGGCCCUCCCACUACACAGUACUGAACUUUCAGUAGUGUAUCCAUUUAUGUCAUUCCCUUAGACAUUGAAUUACAUGUUUGGAUGUUCUCCGGAUUUAGCCGAGUUUGCUGUGUAUUAAAUAAUUUUCUAUUUUGUGAUGGAAUGGGACAGUGUUUACUGCUGCUCAUUUCUGGCUGGUUCUCAUGUGAAAGAUGUCAUCUGCAGAGGAACUAACAUUCCUGACCUUUACUACUUUUUUUCCCUCAAUGAUUUAAAUUAUUUUUAACUGCUUUAAUUUAAUGAUACGAUGUCAAACUCUUUAAUGUCAUAUACUUUUCCUUUCAGAUUUGGUUUUAAUCUGUCAUUCAGUUUACAUUCAUUUUGUUUAAUUUUCUUAGAAUCUACAUUGGCUGUAUGUUAUGAUAAUAUAGUGCAAGGUUUGUAUGGUGUUAUUUAAAUAUGCAUUGAUGCAUUCAUGCUAAAAACAAGCCCAUGGCAGUAUGUGUCACACAGACUCACUGAAAUGAGUUGGAAAAUGCAGACUUAUAUAUGUAAGCCAUUGAUAUGCUGUAGUCAAUUGAAACAAAAGCCUUUUGUUGUUCUGUCGUCUUGGACACAAAGGGGGCAUUUGUACGGGUGAUUUUAUGGGGGUGGAGGUGAAAGUGUGGGUGGGGUCUGCACAUCAGGUCUGGUUUUUGUAUUGUUCAAUGGUGUGAUGACUAACUGCAAUAUCUGGGUGAUUUGGAGAGAGGGAAGAAGUGCAAAGGAUUUAAUGGUAACUCCUCAUGAUUUCAGUUAUUGCGUCUGACUUUUACAAGUGCAGACUGAAUGGAGAAGAGUGCUGUUGGUUAAAUUUGAGUCUGGCUUACAAACAGAGAAGCCCAUUUUACCACUAGUCAAAUCUUAAAGGAAUAUUCCGGGUUCAGUACAAGUUAAGCUCAAUCGACAACAUUAGUGGAAUAAUAUUGAUUAUCACAAAAAUACAUUUUGACUUGCCCUUCCUUUUCUUUAAAAAGCAAAAAUCUGGGCUACAGCAAGGCACUUAUAAUGGAAGUGAAUGGGGCCAAUCCAUAAAUAUUAAAAUACUCACUGCUUGAAAAGUUUAUCCAGCAGACGUAAACAAUAUUCGUGUUAACAUGAUUUUAGUCUGAUAAAAUUACUAACCUUUUCUGUUAUAUCCAAUUUUACAACUUGCUGCAGUGACGAUAUUAAUGUCAACAAACCGUAAAACAACUAUAAAAUGACAAUUUAUACAACUUCACAGCUCAGAUAAUACAUGAAUUUUGUGCUUUUAUAAAAUUUUAAGCUUCACAUUUCUGCCUUUAAACCCUCCAAAACGUGGCCCCAUUCACUUCCAUUGUAAGUGUCUGUAACCUUGAUUCUUUAUUUUUUUUUUUCAAUUGUAAUCAAUAUUAUGCCACAAUUUGCUGUCGAUUGAACUUAACUUGUAUUGAACCCGGACUAUUCCUUUAACUUCAUUACUUCAUGGUGCGUGCCCACAAGUGGUGGCUGCAUGGUCUCUGGUUUGGAAAAUCUAAGUAAAUAAUGUAUCUCUUUUUUUUGCCAUUUUGUUUCUCUCUGAGUCUCAUCUAGUAACUCAUCAUCCCAUCCGUCUCUCAGGAUGGCAUGGCAUUGCAGCUGGCGACAUGGGUGUUUCAUGACCACUUGAGUGAAAUGUGUGGGAAAUAUGUUUUUGAUGACUUAUAUAACUGAAUUUUAUAUUUGGAAUAUGAUUCUAAUUACUUUUAUGUUGUCAAAGAUCUUAUCAACCUAGAGCCUGAUUCCUAUGGCACUAUUUUUGCUUUAUUUAGACUGAUGCCAAAAUUUAGAUCUUUUACUAGCUCAGCAAAGGCCCAUUUUGUAGGCCCAUUCCACUGAUGCCAUUUCUUUUAGCCUCAAUUAGUAUUUCUUGUUUUGAUGUCAUGGAAAAUUCCAGACAUUUACAGACUAAUAGAGAAUAAAGAACUGAAAAGCCAUACAGAAUCUCAUUGCUGUCACUGUAUGGGAGAAAUUGUUUGGCUUGUUUUGCUUGAAGUCUAAAAAUAUUAUUUUAAACACUGAUUAAAGUAAUUUACAUCGCAUGCCUUAUAAACGAUACCAAGAGAUGAGACUCACUGUUACUUCUGAUAUGUUCAACAGCGGUAAUAAGGUCACGUGAUGGAUUCGGUUUACGGUACUUUUCCAGACUGGAUCAAACCAGUUCCAGCUGGAAAACUGCUACUGUAAAAUGCUUAAAGUAUAAAUUGCAACCAAUAAGCACCUAACAUGAUUAAAUGUAAUUACAUUAUAUAUAAGCA